GAAAGUGGAUUUGCAAAGCUGUUAAUAGUACUUGCAACAUUUACUGAAGUUAAAAUUCCCAAUCCCUUGGUAAAAGGUCUUAAACUUACCUAUUCUUAUGAGGACUUCGAGCUGAAGAAGUUACUAUUUAAUGUAAUAGGAGUCUUAUCUAAAGACCCAUGUGCUGUACAGCUUCUCAGUGAAAAUGAUGUGAUGCCAGCUUUGCUUUAUUAUGUAAAACCAAAUCAAAAGCCUGGAUUUCAUGACUGGUCUGCUGCCCACUAUGAGGAAUUACAGCUUCAUGCAAUUGCUAUUUUAGCUUCAGUGGCUCCCUUGAUAGUAGAUAAAUAUUUGUCCUGCCAAGCAAAUACUCUUCUCCUUCUGUUUCUGGAAUGGUGUAUAGGCCAAGAUCCUUUCUUUGGUCAAGGUAACAGUUUCCAUGGAACAGGUGGUCGUGGCACCAAACUUGCACAAAUGCGCUACAGCCUGAGAGUGCUGAGAUCGGUUGUGUCCCUUUAUGAUGAUGCUGUGAACCUUAAUUUGUGUGACCAGGGAGCAAUUAGCCAGCUACUGGACAUCCUAAAGUACGCAGCAAACAAAUCUAAAGAGAAAGAAGAUGCCAUUCUACUGGAAAUCCAAGCUGAUAUAUUAUUUCUUUUGUCUGCUCUCUGUGAAAAUGAUCUCCACAGAAAGGAACUCUUCAGCUACGAAGGAGUGGAUAUACUUAUCCCAUUCAUUCAGAUGGAUCCAAAGAAGUUAUAUAGUGGAUUAGGCCACAGUUGUCUCCUCUUCAGUGCACUUGACUGCUUGUG